UGCUGUCGGAGUGACAUAACGUGAACGUGAACACUAGUCUGUGUUUGUCCGGAGAGCUCGAGACAGAAUUCAUCGUCAGCAGCAGCAGCAGCAGCUGAGAGUGAGCGAGCUGCAGCCUCAGACCUCCACCUGACAUCUUUAACCCUCAUACACCCAAGCUUCUAUAAUCUUCCCGCCUGUCCUGAAGGAACGAUGUCCGCUGUCUACCUUCUCCUCCUGCUGCUCCCUCUGGUGUCCGCACAGACCUAUCGCUGGGGGCCCUGUCCUACUCCGAAGGUGCAGCCCAACUUCAACCUCCAACAGUAUCUGGGCAGGUGGUAUGAGAUCGAGAAACUCCCUGCUUCCUUCGAGAGAGGAAAGUGCAUCGAGGCCAACUACGCCGUGAGGAAAGACGGUACCAUUCAGGUGCUGAACUCUCAGUUCUAUAAGGACAAGGUGAGGUUAGCAGAAGGGACAGCAGUGGUUCAAGACCCGAGAGAACCUGCCAAACUUGGAGUCGGCUUCUCGUAUUUUGCUCCCUACAGCCCCUACUGGAUUCUGACCACCGACUACGCCAGCCUGUCCGUUGUGUAUUCUUGCACGGAAAUCCUCCGACUGUUCCAUGUCGAAUACGCCUGGAUCCUCAGCCGGACACGCUUCCCACCUACAGAGACCGUGAACUACGGCAGACAGCUCCUGCUCAACGAAGGUAUCGACCUGUUUAGGAUGAAGGCCACAGAUCAGACGGGCUGCAAGGAUAACUAGGGAUUCGUGAAGACUUUACUGAUGGGGCAAACAUACUGGAGUCCAAAUGUUAACGCUGGGGUGGGCAAUGUUGGAGAAACUAGCAAGAGACAGCCACUUCUUGAAGGUAGCCAACUGAAGAAAUCCCAAACCCCCUCCCUUCAGGCCUCCGUGCAAAGCCACUCCACUAAAACACAUAACAGCAUGCUGAUCACAGUCCUGCGACAAAUACCGAAUGUUUAAUAAUUUUUUAUGUCAGAACAUUUAUUGAUUGCUGUCUGGAUGUUAAGAGAAUUUGAAAAAAAUUAACAACAAAUGCUUCUGAAAUAAAUUGCCCACCCCAGCUUUAAAAUUAAAUACACAAUCUCCUCAUCACCGGUGUCUUUAAUUUUAAAAUCCCAUGUAUCUGCAUCUCACUGUUGCUGCCUUGUUCAUUUUUCUUUUUGCAUUUCAAAGAUGCUGAAAAAGAAAUUAUGUAAGAAAAAAAUCAAUUUAAAAAGUGAAGUAAAAUUGUAUUGUACCUUGUAUUUUUCAAACUGUCCCUCAUAUUCCUGACAAAACCCGUUGAAUCUAUAUGUUACAGCAAUGAAUAUAUUGUAAUAAUUUAAUUCUGUUUUAACCAAGAAGUUAAGUGUGUAAACUGCAUUUUAAUAUUCUAGUAAGACAUGUUACAAUUUUGCAAUGAAACAAACACACGCAGAAAACACGAGAGUGAGUUCUAUGUUUAUUAAAGUUACUCAUGAAGCAGA